GACGCACUUCCGGGGCUCUGAGCGUGCAAGAUGGCUGCCUCCCAGCAGCAGGCUGCGGGAGCCUCCUCGGCCGCGGGGGUGUCCGGGCCCGGUUCGGCCGGCGGCCCGGGGCCUCAGCAGCCGCCGCAGCCGCCGGCACAGCUGGUGGGAUCAUCGCAGAGCGGGCUGCUGCAGCAGCAGCAGCAGGACUUCGAUCCUGUGCAGCGCUACAAGAUGCUGAUCCCGCAGCUGAAGGAGAGUCUGCAGACCUUGAUGAAGGUUGCAGCCCAGAACUUGAUCCAGAACACGAAUAUUGACAACGGACAGAAGAGCAGUGAUGGGCCCAUCCAGCGCUUUGACAAGUGCCUGGAGGAGUUCUACGCACUGUGUGACCAGCUGGAGCUGUGCCUGCGCCUGGCACACGAAUGCCUGUCCCAGAGCUGUGACAGCGCCAAGCACUCUCCCACGCUGGUGCCCACAGCCACCAAGCCUGACGCGGUGCAGCCCGACAGCCUGCCCUACCCGCAGUACUUGGCCGUCAUCAAAGCCCAGAUCGCCUGUGCCAAGGACAUUCACACGGCACUGCUGGACUGUGCCAACAAGGUCACGGGCAAGACGCCGGCACCACCGGCCGGCCCGGGGGGCACCCUGUGAGGGGGCGGGGCAGGGCA